CCGCCGCCACCACCACCACCACCACCACCCCCCCUCCACUCCACUAGCUUCCUCUUCAAACUUCGACUUUGACCUCAACUUCAACCUCAACUGUCAGCCCAUUUACGCCCCGCGUUAACAUAACAACCCCAGCUUCGUCUUCUCCCUCGGGCUCUUUGGGGUAAGGUCAGACGAGGAUUGCCGCCGUUCCUCUUUCCACGCGCCCCCCGCCACUCAUCGUUGCCGUUUUCCUCUCCGUAAUCCAACUUCGCCUCCUCCGCCAACCCGCCCCUCCCUUGCCGAUACUACCAUAAGUCAGUACCCAACACGAUAUCUAUCGACGGCUGCCAUCUUCUAGCUGUUGCUUCGAAUACCGGAACUUUAAUUACUGGAGUGUUCUACGAUCGUCCCUGUACACCAGGUUCGGCCGUUCUAGCCGCCUCGAAACUUAUCCUUAUCGCAGGAGCCGUCAAAACGCGUACCAGGUCUCGUGUCCCACAGUCCUGAGCGCGUUUCGAGAACACAACUUCGGCCUUCUAUAUAUUUCUCGUCCGUCUAUCGGGUUUAUGCGUCUCUAUCUUUAGAAACCUGGCAGCUGAAUAUGGAGCCGCCCCGAUGGCCACCAGCGACAUGCCAGGCCACAGUGGCUCAAAGAGCCAAAUUACUCCCGCCAAACCACAUCACCACUGUACUCUCGCCGAAGGCAACUGCUAGUCUACAAGAUUCUCAGCCCGAUGGGUGUGUAACCCCCAGCCCCCAAGACGAGAUGGCUUGGGACGGACCGGUCAACCAGGAGAGCCGGGAUUCGUCGACAUUUCAAAUCGAUCUUGCCGAAUGUGUCGAGACGAAGACAGUCACAACCACCACAACCACGAAGAGAUCAUAUCCGCCUCUAUUUGUCCGACCGCCUCUGCCGUUGGAGAGUCUCGACUUGAAACAAUACCCGCUGGCAAGGAAGUCAACGCCGGAAGCCAUCUCAAGCUUCUCCUACGAGGUUAACGGCGAGGUUGUGCACUUCCGUGAGGACCGCAAGCCGUUAUCCUCCGCAUCUCCAUCUUCAUCCAGACCUCGGCCACCUCCCACACUACAGUCACGAGGACUCACAGGCUUAAGAGCAUACGUAACUCCCGAUACCACCAGAUCAUCAAGGCGCUUCCAGAAUGCGGACGAAAACUCACAAUCAUAUUUACCAACAAACCCAAGGUCUCCCGAUUCAUUCCUCGGGAUUUCGGACGCCCCGCGACGCCAAUCCAGCCUGGAGCAACCGCCCUUGGACGCCCACUGUUCUAGCUUCCCACACCGGAUGAUCUCAUCAAGCAGACGCGCCUCGUUCAACCCUGCCAUGUUGUCGACUCCUGAUACCGGUCACCGCGAAACAAGCCCGCUCCAGACCCAGCUGACCUCGUCCGCUACCGAGUCGACACUGAAUAGCUCUUUCGAGGAGGCCACUAGUCCAUCCCUUACUGCUAGUCAAGGCUCGUUCCCCAGCGCCACUGCCACACCGCCUAUCGCAGAAUCAGAUCUUGAGCCUUUUCCAUUAAAUGAUGAUUCUUCGGGGCCAUCCGUACUCCGGUCGUCCGUAAGUGCGGGAGGAGCCACCCAUGGGGCCAGCUUGCCAAGUCCAAGCCUAUCACCAACUUUAGCUGCGGCGAAUCUUCAUAAUGCUCAGCUGGUAGUACGAGAUGACCCCGAAUCACAGGCUUCCGGCAAUGCACUUUUGUCGGCCACAGCAGAGUCUAAGUCGACAUUUGAGUCACUGGGCCAUGCCAAUGAACAAUAUGCAUUGGCAAACGCACCUCCACGGAAUGCUAUGGAUGUGACAUCGAUGCUAGAAAAUUUCGACUCGAUGCCCUCGGAAAUGAAGACAUUCAUGAUGUACCAAUUUCUUCGUCGCUGCAAUAGAAAGACCCUACAUGUGAUUGCCGGGGUCGUCAAUCCAGCUUUAAAGUGCGACUUCCUCGAAGAACUUCCGACAGAGUUGAGCCUACAGAUUCUUAGCUUCCUUGAUCACCGGGACCGCUGCCGUGCUGCACAAGUUUCCAAGCGUUGGAGAGAUAUCAACGACACGAACGAGGCUGGAUGGAAAGAACUCAUCGAAAGACAUCGCUUUGUUCUCCCCGAGGGCGAAGUGGAGCGGGCGAUCAGGGAAGGCUGGGGCUGGCAAGACCCGCAUGGUCCAGAUGGCUGCGAGAAAGAUCUCAGCCAGCGUCCUGGGUCAUCUGACGUGGAUAGCAUUCCAACUGCUACUAGAUCCCAUGCUGGCCACUCCGGAUCCCUACGCCAAGGAGGGAAAAGGAAGAGGGCCCACAUCAACUAUGGACCAGAGAGGUCAAAGAGAAGAGCCGUUUCUGCAGAGGUCACAGAGAGGCCACGACACACAAGCCUAGCUUCAAAAUACCACAGCUCGGCUCGCAAAUCUGAGGGCCCUAACGCUGCCGCAACUGCGGCGGCUCUAGCAGUGCCAGCCCCUGAAAUUGGACUUCCUAGUUUGAGGAAACUUCACCUUUACAAGUCCCUCUACAGGCGCCACUUCAUGUUACAACGCAGUUGGAUGAGUGGCGGCAAAGUGGCACCUCGACAUGUGGCUUUCCCGGCACACCCAAGACACGUCAUUACCUGUCUCCAGUUUGAUGAUGACAAAAUAAUUACUGGCAGCGACGACACAUUUAUUCACAUAUACGACACGAAAACGGGUGCCCUUCGGAAGAGACUGACGGGACACGAUGGCGGAGUAUGGGCAUUGCAAUACGAAGGCAAUGUCCUCGUCUCAGGAUCAACUGAUAGGUCAGUCCGUGUGUGGGAUAUUGAAAAGGGCUUGUGCACCCAGAUUUUCCACGGGCAUACAUCAACUGUUAGAUGUCUCCAAAUUUUGAUGCCUCUCGACACUGGAAAGGUCUACAAUGAUAGGCCAGUCAUGGUUCCCGAGAAGCCUUUGAUUAUUACAGGUUCCCGCGAUGCACAGCUCCGAGUAUGGAGAUUGCCGGAACAGGGGUCUAAGAAAUAUCUCGCAGCUGGCCCUCCCGCGAAUGAUUCAGACUGUCCAUACUACGUCCGUACUCUGCAAGGCCACACCAGCUCUGUGCGUGCUAUCGCUGCCCACGAAGACACCCUCGUGAGUGGCAGCUACGAUUCGUCGGUCAGGGUAUGGAAGAUCUCCACUGGAGAGAGCGUACACCAGCUUCGCGGUCAUAUCCAGAAAGUGUACAGUGUUGUACUCGAUCAUAAACGUAAGCGUUGCAUCAGCGGCUCUAUGGAUAACACAGUGAAGAUCUGGUCACUGGAGACUGGAAUGUGCCUCUUCACCCUCGAUGGCCACUCCUCCCUAGUGGGUCUACUGGACCUGAAAGACGAGCGCCUGGUCUCAGCUGCAGCGGAUUCUACGCUGAGGAUCUGGGACCCAGAGAAUGGGCAAUGCAAGAACACGCUUACCGCUCACACCGGUGCCAUCACAUGUUUCCAGCACGAUGGUAACAAGGUGGUAUCCGGCUCGGACCGCACGCUGAAGAUGUGGAACGUCAAGACUGGAGAGUGCAUUCAAGACCUCCUGACGGAUCUCAGUGGAGUCUGGCAGGUGAAAUUCGACGAGAGAAGAUGUGUUGCAGCUGUACAGAGAGAAGGGUUCACGUUUAUAGAGAUACUUGACUUCGGUGCGUCUCGAGACGGAGUACCCGCCGAAGAUCGCAACAACAGGAUCUUGCUACAGCCAUCGGAGUAUGACAGAAUCACGGAAGACGACGAGGUCGUGGCGUAGAGACUUAUCAUCAUCAUCAACAUCACAAUGACUAUCAUCACAAUCAUCAUCAUAACGACUAUCACAAUCACACAAUUAUCAUCAUGAAACAGCACACAGACACAAAUCGAGCAUUUUAUUGUAAGGCCUUUGUCAGGCGUUUUUUGUUGGACGUUAGGUUGGGCAGGGUCAUGCAUGGCAGCGGGGUUUUUGAGCAGGCACGGGAGGGAUGGCUCUGUCUGUGAAGCUUGUAGCUCCUAAAAUAGCGAGCCUUUGGUCGUUCAGAUACCAGAAUAGCAUGUAUAGAAUAGCUUGUGCCUAUCAUGGCUCAAUAAGAGUGUUACUUCGCUGUGUAGACAUACUAUUCACGAUCGGUUAU